AUGCCACUUCUCGAUCCCCGCUCAGGACCGUCCUACGGCGCGAUCGAACACGAAGACGCCAGAAUGGAGGAUGAAAGGGAUCAGCUGUUGCAGGACGACUACGAGGUCGAGGGCCAGGCUAGUGGACUGUCUACACCAGAUGAUAUGCAGGAGGGAGUUCAAAAGAUUGAGGCCAUCAAUCUGACUUGGACAACCAAGUCUUUAAUGGUAGCCUAUAUCAGUAUAUUCCUCAUGGCAUUCUGCACGUCGUUAGAAGGUCAGACUGUGAUGUCGCUGUCUGCAUAUGCGACGAGUGCAUUCAGCAAACACUCGUUGAUCUCGACCGUCCUCGUUAUCCAAAAUGUGGUCAAUGCUGUCAUCAAACCCCCUAUGGCUAAGAUCGCUGACGUAUUCGGUCGCUUCGAGGCAUUUUGUUUGAGUAUCCUUAUCUAUACACUGGGAUAUAUCCAAAUGGCUGGCUCUACCAACGUUCAAACCUACGCCUCUGCCCAAAUCUUCUACUCCGCCGGCUCGACGGGUUUGCAGAUCCUCCAACAAGUCUUCAUCGCCGACAGUAGUGACUUGCUGAACCGUGCGUUCCUCGCCCUUCUGCCUGAAUUCCCAUUCUUGGUUACGGUGUGGCUCGGGCCAACCAUUGCGGGCGCGGUGCUGCGGACUAGUUCAUGGCGAUGGGGUUAUGGAAUGUGGGCUAUUAUCUUGCCUGCAUCUUUCCUGCCACUUGCCCUUACGCUACUCUUCAACCAACGGAAAGCCCAGAGAUUGAACUUGAUAAAGAAGCGGACCAGAAGGCGGACGGGCUUGGUCAGCGUCAUGCGUCGAACCUGGUACGAUUUGGACGUGGGUGGACUGGCCCUUUUGUCCGCUGCUGUUACAUUAAUCUUGGUGCCAUUGACUCUUGCGGCCACUGCAAAGAAUGGGUGGAAGAACGUCAACAUUUUGGUGAUGAUCGCGCUUGGUGUUGUUUGCCUGUGUCUUCUACCGCUCUGGGAGUCGUCACGGAAGUUGGCCCCAAAGCCCCUGCUCUCUCUACACCUUCUCAAGCAGAAAACUGCUCUUGCAGGAUGUGCAUUGGCGUUCUGGUAUUUCAUGGCUUUCUACUUUUCCGUUCAGCCUUAUCUCUAUUCCUACCUGCAGGUUGUACAGGGGUACGACGUUGCCACUGCGGGGCGCGUCACCCAAACCUUUUCUUUCACCUCAACCAUUGCCGCUUUUAGCGUAUCACUUCUUAUCAAGUAUACCCGACGAUAUCGCAUCUACAUAACCAUCGGAUGUGUUGUGUACAUGACCGGCCUAGCCCUAAUGCUUCUGUGCCGAGGAGAAGGAGCCUCUCAUUUCCAAGUCCUGGGCACACAAAUCAUAGUCGGCAUCGGCGGUGGUCUGAUUAACGUGCCCGUUCAACUAGGAGUCCAAGCCUCCGCCAGCCACCAGGAAGUCGCAGCAGCCACUGCGAUGUUCCUGACUUCCAUGGAGAUGGGCGGUGCAGUCGGCGCCGCUAUCUCAGGAGCCGUAUGGUCCUCUGCCGUCCCACACAAGCUUCUCCAAUACCUGCCUGAGGAAAGCAGGGACCAAGCUGCUGAAAUCUUUGGCAAGCUGACCACCGCCCUGUCAUUCCCAAUGGGAUCUCCCACUCGCAUUGCCAUCAACCGUGCGUACCAAGAGACCAUGAACCGGCUCCUGACGCUAGCUGUCAUCGCCACCCUCCCCCUCAUUCCGUUGAGUCUCUUAAUGGUCAAUUACAAGCUCGACAAGAUGGGUUACGGUAGUCCUGAAUUCCGGAGCGACCCAGUUGAGGCAGAGGCAGAGCCCAGCCCGGAUGACGGACACUCCAAACAAACCUAA